UACUGUGAGUUAACAUUGUUUGAUUCCCCGCGAUAAAUGAGCUUAUGCGACGUUAACUCGCCGCAGUGUGUGCGUGAGUACCGGGUCUAGGGUGUACCCGGAAUGUACACUUUUCUUCGGAUGGUCGAAUCAUGUGAGCGUAACCACGGUGCCAGCCGAUCGUGUGUCGUGCGCUGGCGAAGUUUGUGUAGCCAUAUUUAUUGUGUUAUUCGGCGAGACGUUAUAUCUUGUUGUACACCGGCAAAUGUAAUCGGUAUCGUAACAUAUGGCUCUUUAUUGCCGAAGGUAGAAUUAUCAUUUCAACAUUUGUUGUUGGUAAUAAAUGUGGCGAUUUUGUUACCUCUGAUAAGAACCGAUUAUGCAUGUACGAAACAUCUAAGGACCCUAUUACAAUAGGACAUGAAAAGACGCUACACUGGGUUCUCUUCGUUUCUUAAAAAACGGCGCACAUCAGUUAUUAAUUUCUUUUUAUAUAAACUGCCGUUUCUACAAUUUUCGAACGGUACAAGUCGUGCAAUACAUCGAGGAACGCUGGUUCCAUUGCUACCCUUGAUAGUACACAUUGUGUUGUUAUGGUACAUUAAGGAUUUUACGAAAAACAAUAAAAUGGAGGAGCUGUUGUAUCAUAUUGUCAGCCCUAAUUAUUGGAUGAAAGUUCAUAGACUAUGUAUACAGUGAAAGAGUUUUUAGUAUAGUUUUUUACUCAUACACAAGAAAUGGACGUACAAAAGUUUUGACAAAAGGUUAUGUUAUGAAUAUCACAAAGUAUAUGUGUAACAUUUUUACGCACGAAAGCCUGCUAUACGUGGACCAAGCAGGCUAGGCACUACCGUGCCAAGCUUGGGUAAUGGAUCCCGUUGGUCCAUGGUAUGCAUCGUAUAAUCGUUUCGCCACAGGUAGUGCAACCAGUACAUUUCAAUCUACGACUUCAAGCACAAGCAGUGACUUUGUAUCUCAUCACUUAGCAACAGCUGCUACUCAACCAGUCCCAUCGACAACGUCCCAGUUACUUUUACAAGCAGCACAUACAACAGCAACUCUGGCGGGUCAACCAUCCCCGUUUAACCCAGGGGGGUUCCUAUCUCCACCCCCUGUGGGAUAUGAUGUCUUUUCACCUCUGUUUCAUCAUCCUAAUUCUAAACAGGCACAUUAUGUUACACAACAUAGACAAGCUCUUGCUCAAGCACAAGCAGUUUCAGUAGGAAAACAGAAUACUACGACAGAAUCUGAUAUCCCUGUACUAAGAGAGAACUAUAGUUCAGCGCACCAACCAACGUUUUUCGAACAUCAAGGUGCAGCUACAUCGCCCACAUCUACAUUGGCUUGGACCCAUCAAAACAAUGCUCAGUUACCAAGUCCAUUUGGUAUUUUGCCACAUGAAAGUGUUGUUCCAUCAUCUCCAGGACCGUCGUCUACCACAAAACCAACUAGUGGUGUUUAUGAAAAUACGUUUAAUUCUCAUUUUGCUACAACACAAACUAUAAAUAAUAUAAAUUCUCAGCUUCCUGCACCUUCUGUCUCUGCUGCUGAAUUUAAAUCGACCAGUUACUCGGAUAGUAAAAAAGCAGUAAGUGUUAGACCACAGUCACCGACAGUAAGUGUUAAAUCAGUGGUUUCUACGUCUCAAGCAAAUAACAAUCAAACAUUUUUUCAACAAGUACCUACUACCUUUAGUUCUGAAACAUUAGCAAAUAAUUAUUCUGCUGGUAAUGGAAAUCAAACUUCUAAUGGGAAGGUGCAGCCUUCUCUUCAGCAUCAACAAUCGUGCAUUGUUUCGACUCCAAAUAAUACAGCUGGCAAAGAGUAUAGAAUUCCUCAACCAUCUGCUAGAUCAGUUGCAUCCACGACUAUAUUUUUAAAUACCUCUGUCAGAUCUGUGUCUUCGCAAGUUCAAGAUAAACAGUCGACGCGAAAUAGUAAUUUUGCUUCACCGUCAAAUAAAGCGACUCCUGCAUCUCAACAAAGUAUUCAGACUAAAGCGCAGACAAAGAUAUAUCCAGAAUUAAAUACACACAGUGAACAUAGACGAAACGAACAACCAUCUCAAGAUAAUACACAAUCAUCCCCUAUCAGUUUUUCUAUUAUGGAUUCGCGAAAUUUGAACUAUACAACUGGAAAUAGUACAAAUUGUACAAAUACCAGUGGGAAACUUGGUAAUCAAAGAACUCCAACGAACAAUAACUUACAGACCCAUCCUCAGCAGCCCCAACAACAACAGCAGCAACAACAGUUUCAUGUUUUAAGUCAACAGCAGCAGCAACAGCAGCAACAACAACAGACAUCUUAUAGACAUUACUUAGCAGGAUCUGAUUCAGAAUAUCAUCAUCCAGGGAGAUCAAAAUCUGCAACCUCAACGGAUUCUGUUUACUCCUCUAAUAAUUCCACUCAAAAUGGACCUGAUUGUAAUGUUGUUGUACCACGAAGACCAAGCCCAUUACAAGCACAUUCGCAAGCAAGUCCAUUAGGGCAUGUUCCAAGUCCUGCUUACCCUAUGUAUAAUAGUCCAAUGGCCACAAUAUCAUCUCCUUCGCCAUUACAACAACAUGGCGAGAAUAAUGGAAAUCAAUGUACAGGUGGACCACCAUAUAAGGGAGCUGUACAACAAGUUACACCUCCGUCGCCACUAGAUGUUACUGUGCCGCGACCGGCAUCGCAAGGACAAGUUGUAUAUUCGUCGGUUAUCACGAGAGCUUUAGGUACUACUGAAAAUAAAACUACGUACAAUACAGAUACUAAAAAUUAUGACAGACAACAACAAGAGUUUUCACAAACACCGAAACAAGUGUGUUGGGAAAACGAUAAUCGGCAAUCAAACACUAAUAGAAAAUUUUCUGUUGCUUUAUAUACUGGUGGAAAUGCCGAAAUAAAUCCUCAGACUUUGCCAGUACAACAACAAGUACAACGAGUGAUAAAUGUUUCAGAUAGACAACAAACAUAUUUUGAAUCUAACCAGGUAACUCUACAGGAUCUAAGCAGCUGUAGAGGAGACCCUAUGAGUAUAGUAAAGAAUUUGCAGACAUUGCAACAAGGUUCUUGUCAAGUACAACAACAAACUACUGUUUCUGUUGUUCCAACCGAACAACAAAAACAAGCAGAAGAACGUCGUAAAGUAGACACUGCCAAUAAAAAAAGGAAAAGUUUAGAAAAGAGCGGGCACAAUUCUUUGAAUGAAAUAAGCGGAACAACAACAGUGACAGAAUAUUUAAGUAGAAUACCACCACCUGCCCAUCAUAAUACGAAUCAACAACAACAGAAUGGUUAUUUUGAUUUUGAAAGAUGGAAUUUACCUCCUCCGCCUGCGAAAAUGUUUCCUAGUACAUCAGGUGCUUUUAGUUCACAAUCAACUUUACACCAUUCGAGUAACUUCGUUGGUACACCAGCACAUCAGCAUCAGUCUCUGAUGGUUCCUCAUCAUCAUGCACCACCUCCUAUACCAUAUUUUCCUGCUUUUCAUAUCCCUCCAAGUCAUCAUCACCCACACGAAUUUCAGUCUUCCGUUGAAAUUACGCCCAUUGGUUUCGGUGAAAAUACAGCAAGUCAAAAUGCAAAUUAUAAUCAAGAAGUCAGAGACGAUCAGCCUAAAGUAAUUGUUCCUAAUAUUGAAGAGGAAUUAGGUUUUUUACAACAAAAUCAACAACCUAUUCAAACUGUGAGCUCGCUACAUAAAGACUUCAAACAACCCAGUAAAGAUCCUAAUUCAGGAUUUAUGACAAGUUAUUUAAAAUUCUUACAAGGUGAAAGGGAACCUUCACCUCCACCUGCAGUUCGUGGUGGUAGAAAAGCAACAUGGAGUAGGUCGAAACCUUAUAUUCCUGUAGAACCUAAUAAACCAGUUGAAAGUUCUACGAAUGGAGAAACAGUAAAAACACAAUCAGAAAAACCACCAGCACCUAAAGAAACGCCAGUAAUCGAUUAUGCGAAUGAUCCUCGAUAUUUUCCAUUACCGAAGGAGCGGAAAAAACAUAAUUUUGAUUCAAGCGAUGAUGGUUUUACUAGUGACGAUGACUUUCUAUUUCCUCCUAAGAAACCUGAGAAAAAAGUAACAAAUAUAAGUGCAUCUAAUACAAUAGAAAUAGUAACUACAAAACCAGAAGGAAAAUCGAAAAAGGGACGAGCAAAUAAACUUGGAGGAUUAACAGAUAGGAAAAGAAGAGCAGCGAAAACAGAAGGAACGACGCUUGCGAUAUCUGGAAAAGCUUCUAAGAAGCACGAAGAAGUAGAUCCGUUACUUCUACCUCCAAGACGAGAAACAUCCAGAAGAAAAGCAAAGGAAAAAACUUCAGUGAAACAGUUUUUAGAUCGGCAACAGGGUAUAGAUUACUUUGAUAAUGACGAAGAGCAAGGUGAUUCCGAUUCUGAUCCUGCUUGGACGCCCGCUGUAAAAUUAGUCGGAGACGAGGAAGAAAAAAAGAAAAAACGGGGAAGACCCGUUAUAACCAAAAAGAGCAGAAAAGCUUUAGAGGAAGAUGAUCACUCUCUUGGUGACGUCGUUUCGAAGAAAUCUAGUAGAAGAAAGUAUGAAACGCACUCGAAAACCGGAGGUGUCACUGGAAAGAUGUCCUGCAAAAUAGAUGAAAAACUUUUAGCAUCUAUCAGUGAUGAAGAUAUUGAUAUUUCGCCAUUUAAGUCUGGAGAAUUUGUUGUAAUCAAGACAGAUUUAAAUGAAGAAUAUCCUGCACUUUGGAGAAUAGAUGGUAAAACAUUACUGCAAAAGUAUGAGCCAUUCAAAUCCAAUGGAAAGACUUUGUACAGAAACAUAUCUACGUAUUCGGGUUGGGCACCGCAAAAUCGUCAUAUAUAUCAACAAGUUCCGGUAAAGUUUUGGCAACAAGGCAAGACGGAAACUGUGGUAGAAUUCUUGAGAAAUGAGAUGAUCAUUGAUGAUAGCGAAUAUAUCGAUAAAUCCAUGAAAGAAACUGAAAAGUAUCAAGAUAAUUUUGAAGUAUACAUACAAACGUUGAUCUCACAAGCUUUGGAUUCGAAUUUCCUUACAGAAAUAUUUCAAGAACAAGACGAGUAUUUUCUAUCGAACGUUAAGACCGUCGAUGAAGUAACAGAAGAGCGAAAAUGUCGUCUUCUGUCGACAACGAAAUGGCAAUUAAACGUUAUAAAUGCAAUAUCAACGUGGCCAUGCCUUAACGUUCUCAAAGAUUUACCCUCUGCUGAGUACAAAGGAAAAUCUUGCGCCGGUUGCCAACAGUUCAAAAUUCAUGCCAGAGUUUUAUUAUAUGGGCAACCAUAUAAUGCAACUACAUUAGAAGGUUCUCCGCCUGACCCAGGAAUACCUCAAGAAAAGGAUUUUUUAUUAUGUCGAGUAUGUCAGGCAAAGGUAGCUCUGUACAAUAAAGUAGCGCAUCAAAAAUAUUUGAUGUUUUUGGAGUGUGCAAGAAGAGUAGCAGAUAAAAGAGUAGCAGAUCCCCAUAAAGAUACUACGAUUAUAUUAAAUGAAUUAUUAGCGGAUGAAACAUGGUUAAAUCAGCUAUUUAAAGAAGUUAGAGCUAUCUGGGCAGAGAUAGAUAAUUUGGAACAACAAGCGAAAAUAAAGGCAAAUCCAAAAUCUACUUUAUCCUCUUCAGUGUAUAAUGUGGGAGAAACGGCGGAAAACGUUUCAACAACGCAAACAACUGAAAUGACUGCUAAUUCUUCCGAUUCACAGGUGCCUACACAAAAAACUGAAGACAAUUCUGAAACAGUGUCUUGCAAUGUGCAAAUGAGCAGUAUACCAUCUUAGUGGUGCUAUGAUAAUCAUUGGUUCUGUUUAAUCGUCAUGUCACAAAACCGUUAGGAGUUUAGUGAUAUAUCGAUUUUAUAAAUGUAAACUUAACACCAGUCUCGAGACCAAACAAUUGGAUAUUGUAUUUUGAGAAUGGUAAAUAUUUAAUUCAAGUUAAUACUACACGCUGUGACGAAUGGUGAAAUUAAAUAUUAAUGUGUAAUCAAGAAACUAUGGUUAUAGUGAUAGUGAUAAGAAGUAGUAAACAGCGGGGUAAGUAAGAAAAGGAUUUGCGCAUAAAUACCAUAUGUAAAAUACAUAACAGACAUAUGUAAAAUAUUCAUCCCCGCGUAAGAAUUAGAAAUGAGCCCAAACUUUGCCAUUGUAGUAGCAUAAUAAUAGAGAUAUACAGAUAUAUGUGUGAAUAUAGACGUUUAGUUCUAGCAUUUGUAUCGUGAUAAUCUUAUAUAGUAUCGAGGUCUGAAGUGUUAAGAUCUGAAAAAAAAAUACGAAAGACAAAUGAUUUUAGGAUAAAACAUACAAAGUGAUAUGGCGUAUAGAACGCUGUGACCUUCUGUAAUAUAUUUACGUACAUCACACUGUUUUGCAACCAUGGAGGUCUAUUCUCUGUAUAAAAACAGAAACUGUUAUGCUGUUCGUUCCUCUAAUUGUAAUUUUUAAAUUCAUUGUGCAUUUUUUUUACAAAAUAACUUAUCCGUAAUUUUUUUAAAUGAUUUAACAUACGUAAAUGAUAUUUCAUCUUCAUGUUACUUUGUAUAUAAACAGAUCAUACAACUAUAAAAUUGAUGUGUAUAAAACACGGUAAAGAUAUUAAGUGGUGAUUUCAAAAUAACACUCUUUGAACAAAAUGCUUUAUACUAAAGGCAAUAUUUUGAAAAUAUGCAUUGUUCUUUUAUUGAAACACUUUAGACAUCUUGUAGAACAUUUGUACAUAAAGGUACUUUUAAUAAGAUUAGGAAUAUUUCCUUCUGUAAACACCUUCGGUUCAUGUCUCGACACACAAUCUUGUCAACUGUAUGCAUUAUUUCUUCCGAUUGCAGUACCUUAACAAUUCAAACUGUUAACUACUUUUCGAAUUCUUCCAUGUUAAAAUUACUUUUAACGUGCAA